AUGCUGGACGAGGGUCACUUGUCGGACUCGAAGGGAAACCGAGUGGACUUCACGAAUUGUUUGAUUAUUUUGACUUCCAACAUUGGCCAGCAGUACAUUUUGGACAGUUACAAAGAAGUGCGGGCGCUGACGGCGGUCAACGAGAAGGACAAGGCCAGCAGCAACGGCAGCAGCAGCAGCAGCGGCGAAGAGCCCGGGAAGUCUUCUUUCAAAGGAACUGGCAAAUCUCCCAAAGACAUUCUCCGCAGAAUGCGCCAGAAGGUGUUGAAGGAGGUCUUCGGCUACUUCAAGCCCCAGGUCAUCGGCAGGAUGAGCGAGAUCAUCAUCUUCGAGCCUCUGGGGGAAACCGCCAUGAAGGGGGUUUUGAACUUGAAACUUUCCGCGCUGCGGAACAGCUUAGCAGCAAAAGGAAUUGACUUCAAAGUGGCGGACUCCGCGCUGGGCUACAUCUUGGAAAGGGCCUGGUCGCACAAGUUCGGGGGGCGCAGGAUGGCCAAGUACCUCGAGAAGUACAUAAAGCCGCGAGUGGCGCCGCUGCUGAUCUCCGGCAAACUCAAGUCGGGAGACAGAGCCGUCUUGGCGCGUUCCAACACAAACCCGAAUCAGCUGAACUUGAUUGUCUGCGAGCUGAACGAAGAAGGCGUUUGCAAGCCCGGAACGAAGUACGGCACGAAGCUGGUCACGCAGGAAGUGAAGCCGCAGGACGGAAACGAAGACGAAGAAGACGCAAUGGACUAA